CCUCAUUCCAGGAUUGGAACAGUUCAAUAUUUCCUCCACAUCCAGUCCCUCCUCGCAGCCCACUCUCCUCCUCCUCCUCCUCCCCCCAGCCCUCGUCCUCGUAAGGCUACUUGGCCAGAUGGUGCAGCCUUUUCUUUUGUUUACUCAUCCGCCAUGAGUUGCCCUAACUGGUCCUAGCUACUCAAGUAUGGAUGCUGCCUGGGAGCCGCCAUUCGACAAGUGGAGAAGUCUUUCAACUGGAGAGUGAUGUAGAGGUCCACUUUAGGAAGGUUGUACCAGAGUCCAAACCUUCACCCCGUGGUGGAGCUCUUCGACUAGAAGAUAGAUGUUCACUGGAUGCCGUGUGCUCCUGCUUGACAGAGACUGAAAUGUUUCUAAAAUAAAUGAGAGAAAAUACUCUUGCAUAAUGUUCAAGCAAGCCGAUACCUCAUCAAGACGACGUCCUCAUGGUGGAAAUGAUCCCAUCCGAUCCCAGUCUCCACCCCCGUCUGUCCAGCAGAGGAGAAUCCGUACUGUGGAGGUGGCAAGAGGGCGGACGGGGUAUGGUUUUACACUCUCGGGCCAAAACCCAUGUGUGCUCAGUUGCAUCCUGAAAGGAAGCCCUGCGGAUUACGUCGGUUUACGUUCAGGGGACCACGUCCUUUCUGUCAAUGACAUCAAUGUCUCCAAGGCGUCCCACGAAGACGUGGUCAAACUCGUCGGACGCUGCACCGGCGUAUUGAAGCUGGUCAUCGGCGAGACAGAGCGCCACAGGCGACAUCAUCACCAGCAACGCAGCGCAGGGAGUCGUCACCAUAGCAGCAACGCUAUGGCCGCAUCUUACCAGGACUCGUGCUCCAGUGACGACGAGUUGGACGGCCUUUAUGAUAACAGCAUCAACAACAACAACAACAGCGCCAGGGCUGGCUGUGGAGUUCACGGGGUCUGGUUCAGACCCAAAUUGGAUUCGAAGCAGCUCGGCAUCAACCGGGCUGAGAGGGUGGUGGCAGAGCUGCAAUCCGGAGGAAUUUUUAACAUGAUUUUUGAGAAUUCCAGCCAUUCGUCCAGCAGCUCUGACAAGGAAAGACCUGCACACACUUCAUCGUCUAAACCGCGCCCGUCAUCCGAUGCCGAGUUCCCCGCCUAUCGAAACCCCUCCAACCCCGUCCAGCUCUCAGAGGAGGAAAUGGCCCAAGUUCUUAAUGAUGACUCGGUUUUCCUGGACACAGAUUUUCAGCGUCUCCACCUUCAUCAUCACCAACAAGACAUGGACGUAGGGGAUGGCCGUGACUUGGUCCUCGAGCCCAGUCAGGACAUUGUCAACGUGGGCAUGAUUGUUGGCUACCUGGGCUCCAUUGAGCUGGCCUCCACGGGUACCAGCCUGGAGAGUGACAGCCUGCAAGCCAUCAGAGGAUGCAUGAGGCGCCUCAGGGCUGAACACAAGAUCCAUUCCCUGGUCCUCAUGAAGGUCAUGUAUGACAGUGUGCGUCUAUGCAAUGACAGAGGGCAGAUCCUCGCCAUGUAUCCUGCAGAAAAACUAGCCUUCAGUGCCUGUUGUCCUGAUGACCGACGAUUCUUCGGACUGGUCACCAUGCAGGCUACAGAUGAUUGUCAGUUCAACAGAGGACGAUACGAUGAAGGCGGUUUGAGGACUUCUUGUCACGUGUUCAUUGUGGACCCCGACCUGUGUCACCACCAGGUCCACUUAGGUGUAGCCAGACGGUUCGGCUUUGAAUGCACCCCUGAGCCAGACACCGGAGGCUGUCUGGAGUUCCCACCCAGCUCUCAGUCUCUCCUCCACUUUGUGUCUGUACUCUACCGGGACAUGGGGGACAACAUUGAGGGGGUCCGUGCCCGAGCGUUUCACGAUCCAGACAAUGACGCCCAACAGAACCACAGCACCAGCAGCAACAGCGAUAGCGGGAUUGGUAACUUUUUACCCGAGGAGAAGAGUAACAGAGUGCUGUUAGUGGAUCUAGGAGGCCCACCUAACCACAAUCACGUUUCUGGACCACGCCAGUGGGACAGCCCACCUUCCUCUCAGCAGGCGUGGAGCCCCACCCUAGGAGUUGCGGCCUCUCACCCACCUCCCCCUCCGCCUGCUAUAAGAAAUGGCCACUACCUGGCUGACCUGCCUCAUCCCCUCCCACUGGCUCAGCCUGACGUCCCGGCGAGACAUCCCCGAGGGGUCCACCCCCACCAUUACUCACAGGGCAAGUGGGGAGGAGCUGUCGGGGGUGGGGACAAGAGAGGGGCUGGAGGAGGGGCGGAGCCGCAGCGUUGGUUGCCAGUCCACGUGCUGAGAGACUGGCAUCAGCAACACCACCACCUCCAGGGUCUCAGCAGCGAUCAGGAGUCGUACGCCGAAUCCACCGACGGGUGGUCAUCAGCCAACUGCAGCACCCUGCCUCCACCCAUGAAUAAGAUCCCCGCCGACCGUUACCGGGCCCCUCUGGUCCCCGGAGAACACCUGCCACCACCUGGAGGCUGCCAGCCUCCACCUCCUUUGCACACCCAGACCCACACUCACCGGCUGGCUGCUCAGAAAGACGAGUGGGCCAAGAAGCUCUUUGGUGCUGGGGACAACGAGAAGAAGCGAGGAGGCGCCAAAGACGCUGAGAAAAAGGCUGGUCGAUUCCGAGGUCUGACCAUGGGUUUCCCACCUCUUGCCCCACGUUCCUCAGCCAGACGCUCCUUUGGACGUUCCAAACGUCUCAGCUUGGCUCGUUCCCUGGAUGACCUGGAGUCCACUGCAGUCUCUGACGGAGAACUGAACAGCGUGGAGCUCCAGGGCUGCAGCAGUGACAACAGCCUGAACAGCAAUGCCAGCCUCCCCAGUGUCCAGAGUCACCGGCGCCACACUGAGCGGAGAGUGGCAAGCUGGGCUGUGUGCUUCGAGAGGCUGUUGCAGGACCCCGUGGGAGUCCGCUAUUUCUCGGAAUUCCUGAAGAAAGAGUUCAGUGAGGAGAAUAUUCUGUUCUGGCAGGCAUGUGAGUUCUUCAGCCACGUCCCUGAAAAUGACAAGAAACAGUUGUCUCAGCGAGCCCGGGAAAUCUACAACAGCUUCUUGUCCAGUAAAGCCACCACACCGGUCAACAUAGACAGCCAAGCUCAGCUCGCCGACGACAUCCUCAACGCCCCACGACCUGACAUGUUCAAGGAGCAGCAGUUACAGAUAUUCAACCUGAUGAAGUUUGACAGCUACACACGCUUCCUCAAGUCUCUGCUUUACCAAGAAUGUAUGUUAGCCGAGGUAGAGGGCCGACCCCUGCCUGACCCUUACCACAUCCCCAGCAGCCCCACCUCCAAACACAGCACCACGGGCUCAGACCGCUCCAACUUGUCCACACCCAAGAAGGAGGACAAACGCAGCAAGUCAGGACGAUCUUUAAAUGAUGACAGCCGGGAUGAUUCAGGAGACCGAAGGAAGGGCAUGUUCUUUUCCUGGUCCCGCAACAGGAGCUUUGGCAAAGGGCCCAAGAAACGGGAACUGACGGACUUUAAUUACAAUUUUGCUGGUGGUCGCCGUGAGUCGCAGGGUUCACUCUCAUCAGGUGCCAGUCUAGAACUUGGGACAUCUGUAUCGGGGAAGAAUGAAGGAGAUGUUUCUCGUGUGGGGGUAUCAGAGCGUGGCGGCGGCGGCGGUAGCGGCAGCGCCCCCCUCAGGCAAUGUAAUAUAAACUUGCCAGACGGCUCGUGUUGCUCUGUGCCGCUGAGGGCUGGUGUGUCCAUCAGGGACUUGUUGUUGGGCCUUUGUGAGAAGCUCUGCAUCAACCUGGCAGCUAUCGACCUGUUCCUGGUCGGAGGGGAGAAGCCACUUGUUUUGGACCAAGACUGUAUGACUUUGUGCUCUCGAGACCUCAGACUUGAGAAGCGCACUCUCUUUAGGCUCGACUUGGUCCCUAUUAACCGCUCAGUGGGGCUAAAAGCGAAGCCCACCAAGCCAGUGACAGAGGUUCUCAGGCCCGUGGUGGCCAAAUAUGGUCUGCACCUAUCAGAUUUGGUGGCGCGCAUUAGUGGUGAAUCCGAGCCCUUAGAUCUCGGCCUUCCUAUAUCCAAUCUGGAUGGACUUAGAGUGGUUUUGGAUAUAGCCGAGCACACGCCAGGAAAGGCUCCAUCUAAAAGCCACAUCCAGGCCUCUCCGAGCAGAAACCAAUCAACAACAGGGGAGGACAGGCAGUCAAGGAAAGCCGCUUCCGCUCACCCCCAUGGGGAAAACGGCAAGGCCGGGCCCAGCCUUGACACAAGCAGUCAUCCUUUACCCAACCACUCUGUCUCUCUUCAUAAGGCUCCGGAGAAAAGAAAGCAGAAAAAGAUUAAUAUAGACGAAGCUGAAGAGUUCUUCGACCUCAUAUCCAAAGCUCAGAGUAACAGAGCUGACGACCAGCGAGGCCUGUUGAACAAAAGCGACCUGCAGCUCCCGGAUUUUCUGCGCUUGUCACCAGUGGUAACGAACCGAGCCGGACCUCCAAGCUACGACCCUGAGCCUGGUUGCUCCACUCCUUAUUCCCGUAACUCCGGCAAUAGCGGCUUCCCUAGCGGUCGCCUCGGAAACAAGACCAACCACAAUGACAGGGGAAGCGGUAGCGGCCAUUUUCUCAAUGCGAGUUAUCAGUCCCAGAGCUUGGACUCAGCGUUGGGGUCUGAUAGCGCAGGAUGGGCGGAUGGCAGACCCCCUUCGUCCCUGUUCCCUGCCACAAUCUCACCCAUACACCCGUCCCGGGAGGCACAUCACGGUGCGUUCAAGGAUACCGGCAGAGCGGCGUCGGUUCAGAUGCUGGAAGAGGACGCCCUGUCGGACCUGACUUUGGUAGGCGAGGCGGAACUCAACAGCCCCAGCCUCAACUACGUCACGCUGUCCGCGCUGCAGUCUAAACCCCACGCUCGACCCCGACAACAAUCACAAGACGGUCGGCCUAGCUCAGGUACCUCCCCUGUUUGACCUUUCACCUCUCCCUUUCUCCUGGCUAUAAGUGGGAACAAGUUGAAUGAAUGCAUCCACGUCUCCUCCCUUCCUGUAGUCAGUUUUUUCCCAUGUGGGACAAUUAAAAAACUGUGGUACAGAAUCAUGAACUCCCGGUGUACAAAAACAAUAACUAACACUAUACAUGUUUUGAUGUGUUCAAAUAGUGACGUAUGCACUGUGACCAGAACCCCUAAGUAGGUUAGACAUAAGACGAAGAAGCCGAAGCGAGGAUAAAUGGAUGCAUUAAGAGUUGUCCAUUGAAUUUUCCCUGUGUGGUGUGGAUCUGUGUGAACUUUUAAGCGGGCUUGCUGUGGAUUUUAUUUUUGUUGUCUUUCCUAGAGAUGUAAAAGUAAGAGUGUGGGGUUGAGGGGAGCAUCGAACUCCCCCGUCACCAACAGAAUGAUGCACUUUAGCCAAUUAUGAAUAUGACACGCGUUAAAAUCACUCCCUCAACGUUUUGACUUGAAAGUACAGUAUCUUCUAAUUUAUAUUAUUUGUUCGGUGAUCACAUGCUCUACAUCCGGAGGGCCCCCCCCCCUCCAGUGUGUUUCUGGACCAUGUUUUGUAUUCAGCGUUGCUGCACACUGACCCCAUAAAUUCCGACUCCAUGCUAUAGUUGCGUGAAUAAACACAUUUUUUUUUCA